AUGCAAAACCCCAUGACUCCUUUUAUUGAAGAACCUAUUGCUUCAUACAUUGAAAAUAAUGAUGACCCUAAUAAUCCACAUAUAGAAGAAAUUAAAGUAGUUGAUGCUGAAAGAUUAUUAUUAAAAGAAAAAACUAUAGAUGAAGUAGCAAAUGGUCAAUACAUUGCAUUAAUGAGAAAAAUGGCAGAGAAAUACCCUGAUAAAGAAGCAAUGGAUAAAAUUUUUAAUGAAUUUUGUCAACAACAAACAAAUAAUGGAAUGAGUGAUCAACAAAAACAAUAUUCAUCAGCAUAUAGAAUGAUUGAAAGUGCACUUGCAACAAGUCUUUCAGCAGGAGAAAAUGGAAGUAAAAUUAUUGGAGGAUUACUUUCUAAUCCAGCUAAAGUUGUUAUGCAAGAACAAAGUUCAAGCCAACAAUAUCCACUAUUAGGAAGUGAUUUAAUGAUUCUUGAAUAUCAAAGAGUUUUUAAAAAAUGUGUUGAAGGGACUUUGAAAAAUUCAAUAAAAUUAUUAGAAAAAACACGAAUUGAUUCAGAAAAGGUAUUUAUGGUUUUAAAAGGACUUUCUUCAAGUUGGAAAUUAGAAAAGGAUAAAAAUGGAUUAAAAGUAAUGUUAUUUAGUGGAAUUAAUAAAUAUUCAACAUAUUUAAUAUAUUCACAAGAAUUAAAAGAACUAAUUCCUGUAAUUCCUAAAAAAAAAAUAAAAAAUGAACAACUUCCAGAAAAUGAAAAAGUUGUUAUUGACAAGAAACAAGUUCUUGAUAAAACUUUUAAUUAUUUAAUUAUGAAAAGAAAAAGAAUUGAAAUAAAUAAAGUGUUGCAUGAGGUUGCUUCACGUUAUAUGAAAGAAUAUAAAGAUCAACUAGUAAUUGUCCAAUGGAUUGCUAGAGAUCAAAAGAUUGGUAAUAUCUCUUUCCAUUUGUCCAUUUAUAACAAAACAUUAUACAAACAAAACAAUGACUGUGAACCAUUGAGAGUAUAUGAUGGAAUGAUUUCAAAUGGAAAUGAAAUUCAUUUCCAAGGAAGAGAUUUAACUUAUUUGGUAAGUUCUGAAAUUGGAUUUAUCAUUCUCAGAUUAUUAAAACAAAAGUGUUAA